AUGCGAGGAGCUGCUUUGUCAUCAUGUAGGCCGCCAUCUUGCCCAGAGCGCGGCGCGUACGAGGGGUCUCAGGAGGUUGUUUGCCUCGCUUGUAUUUGGACUGCGAGGACCUCAUCAGGAUGCCGGGGGGAUGCUUUGCUUACAAGUACAAUUAACUGUGUCACAAGUUUUAUCUCUGGAUUUGCCAUUUUCUCAAUACUUGGUUACAUGGCUCAAAAAAAUAAUGUCAAAAUAGAAGAUGUAGCAACAGAAGGACCAGGACUUGUUUUUAUUAUAUAUCCAGAAGCAAUAUCUACCCUCCGUGGAUCUACUAUUUGGGCUGUAGUAUUUUUUAUUAUGUUACUUACCCUUGGCAUUGACAGCGCUAUGGGUGGUAUGGAGGCAGUUAUCACUGGACUGGCUGAUGAUUUCACUAUUCUCAAGAGACAUCGGAAAAUGUUUACCUUUGCAGUAGGACUCAUUACAUUCCUGCUGGCAUUGCUGUGCAUAACCAAUGGUGGAAUCUAUGUGGUCACUCUCUUGGAUACAUUUGCUGCGGGAACCUCAAUUUUGUUUGCUGUUUUAAUAGAGGCAGUCGGAGUAUCAUGGAUUUAUGGUGUGGAUAGGUUCAGUGAUGACAUUUACAGAAUGCUUGGAUUUAAGCCUGGCCUAUACUGGAGACUCUGCUGGAAAUUUGUUAGCCCUGCCUUCUUGUUGUUUGUUGUUAUCACUAGUAUUGUGACCUACAAUCCUCUUUCAUAUGAGGACUACCACUUCCCUCCGUGGGCUAAUCGGACUGGAUGGGCCAUUGCAUUGUCAUCCAUGAUUUUAGUGCCCAUCUAUUUUAUCUACAAAUUCUUCACUGUGCCUGGGACCUUUAAACAGAAGCUUGGAUAUUGUAUCACGCCAGAAAGUGAAUAUUAUCUUGUUCAGCAAGGAGACAUAAGACAGUUUAAGCUGCAGCACUGGCUGACUAUAUAAAAUAUGAAAAACAAGACAGAAGACAAAAUAAAGUAUGAAUUAUUUGGAAAGGCUAGAUCAAUUUGAAGAUACAGUUACUAAUUAAACCAACGUUUAUCUGUUCAAUGCAUCCUUUACAUGAUUUUUAUUCUUAUAUGACAAUGUUAACUGAAAUGUUUUCAGGCAGUCUGAUGUUAGUGAUGAGAUAAUAUGUUUGCUGACAUAGGUUAAAAUGUUCUGAAUAUAAAUUCAGCAGUUGUUCAUUAGUCACCAUAUUAAAACUACCUCUAUAAUUUGUCUGUACUGUACAGUUUAAAGCAAAUAUUGGUUAUUUUGACAUAUACUAUACAUUGUUAAUAUAAACAGCUAAAUUCCUAUUGUUUGUUUGAAUUAUACAAAAAUAAACAACAUUUUUGAACAUCUA